CUCACUGAUCCGCCAGUCGCUAUAAUUUCCAAUUUCUGUUGAAACACAACAACACUACCUCUACCUGGAUGUGAUAAGAGUGGAUCAGUUCGUGCCACCCGGACACGUGUUCUGGGAUUAAAAAUUCCAGACACACGAAGUCGUAGAGUCGUGUCUCCAGAACCGGAGACACAUGAUCAGAAAGUGGGACGCCGGAAAGUAUAAAAGCGCCAAGGUUAUCCGAGUUUCUUCCAGUGUGCCGCCCAAAUCAGAAAGCCAUGACAUUCCGGGCUCUAGUAGUUCUGGUCCUCCUCUCCGGAGCGGCUCAGUCGGAUAAGCUGAGAAGUGAUCUGAUCCACAGCGACUCCGUUCUGGACUUUAUGAACAUCAGCAGAGGCGAGCACCCUGGCCGCCAGGACCAGGAGCCGGGCCUCCCCACCGUGGACAGCCUACUGGACCGACUGCAGAGCACUCUGAAGCAGUGGGUGAUCGGAGUGCCCCUCGACCUGGGCUUCUCCACCUUCAACUACAUCUGCAGCACCAUCGUCGACCUGGGAGUGCUGCAGUCCAAGGUCGUGCCGGACAUGUCCCGGAUGAGCUUCUUCCUCCUCACCGAGGACGCCGACUGCCUCAAUGUCAGUGUUCCCCUCACCCGAGCCGAGGACCUGUGGACGACGCCGGGAUUCCAUCGGGAUCGGCCCUCCGUCCUCUACAUCACGGGCUUCAAGACGAACAUCAACGACUCGGGAGCCGGGCCGGUGGCCAAGGCCUACGCCUGUCGCGGCGACACCAACUUCAUGGUGCUGGACGCCGCCUACUUCCUGGACACCCUCUACUCCUGGUCGGCCCUCAACACGGAGGCCAUCGGGGAGUACGUGGCGAAGGCCCUGCUCCGCCUGCCCGACCAGGACUAUGUGCUGGAGCGGUUCCACCUGGUGGGCCACAGCCUGGGCGCCCAGAUAGCCGGCUCGACGGGCCGCAACUACCGCCAGCUGUCUGGCGGCAAGAUCCUGAAGCGGAUUACCGGCCUGGAUCCGGCCAAUCCCUGCUUCUACGACGGCAACGACCUGGAGGGGGUGAGGAGCGGGGAUGCCCGGUUCGUGGACAUUAUCCACACGAAUCCCGGCAUGCUGGGCACCUCGAAGCGGGCCGGGGACGCGGACUUUUUCGUGCAGGGCCGACUGCCCUUCAAGCGGGGCUGCCUGGGGCUGGACGCCCUCUCCUGCUCCCACACCCGGGCGGUGCAAUACUAUCUGGAGUCGGUCUAUCCCACGAACGGGAAUGACUUCCUCGGGAAGCGCUGCGGGAGGUAUGCGGACCUCUACACUGGGAUACUCUGCGACAGCACGGACACCGUCAUGGGCUUUGCAGCGGAUCCGGCGGACUUGGGCCUCUUCUACGUGGACGUGAACGGAGCGCAGCCCUACGGCCAGAAUGCCAGCCCGGAGACGUACACUUACACGGGUUCAGAGUGCGGCAACUGCAGGGGAUGAUGCUGCUCCGAAGUCCUAGCGCUCUAGUCCUCCCCAGAGAUUAUAUAAGCUAUCGAUUUAUUGCUAUUUAUUAUUCAGAGAUAAAGGCCCAAUCAUAAUUCUAAAAGGGGGCCCUGACGUAAUGCCAGUUCUCCAAACAAUUGUCCACAAAACACCGCCGGAAUGACA